UGUUGACGUACGUUGUGAGUGACGUCAGAUAUUUCGUAGGCUAUCAAAAUGAAGGUGCACACGAGGUAGCUCCAUGCCUUGUAGCUGAACGUAUGACAAUGCAUGAAACUAACGUUAAACCCGGUGCAAUAUUUAUUUGUUCGUUUCCUGACUGUCAGGCGUCGUACAACAAAGCAUGGAAGCUAGAAGCGCAUCUCUGCAAACAUACAGGGGAGAGGCCAUUUAAGUGCGAGUAUAACUUGUGCAGCAAAUCGUUCUGCACGAAAUAUCAUCUUGCUCGUCAUACGCUGACACAUUCCGGCGACAGACCUUACAAAUGCACGGAGGACGGAUGCAAUGAAGGAUUCACCACAAACUCCAACUUGAAGAAACACAUUUCACGUAUUCAUAGACAAGAGACAAAACAGUACAUUUGCACAUUUGAAGGAUGUAGCAAAGCAUUCAAGAAAAAUAACCAACUGAAAAGCCACGAGUGUGCACACACCCAGCUGCUACCGUUCUUGUGUUCACAUGAAGGUUGUGGGAGACGGUUUUCACAACAUGGUAAACUGAAGCGUCAUGAGAAGGUACACAAAGGCUAUUCUUGCACUGUGGAGGGCUGCUCAUUUGUGGGAAAGAACUGGACAGAGAUGACAAACCACAAAAAAGUUCAUAUUGUCAGGGUACAGUGUGAUCAGUGUAAGAAAACAUUCAGGGAUAGCUGGUUCCUGAAGCAGCAUCAGCAUGUUCACUCUGAAGAGCGCAUGGUGUUCCACUGCCCCAGAGAUGGAUGUACCCGCUCGUACACCACUGCGUUCAACCUGCAGAGCCACAUACUGUCUUUCCAUGAAGAGCAGCGCUCCUUCAUCUGCACUCACCCUGGCUGUGGCAAGUCCUUUGCAAUGAAGCAAAGUUUACUGCGCCAUGGUGUGAUUCAUGAUCCUGAAAAGAAACAGCUGAAACCCCGCCCAAAACGCUCCCUGGCAUCCCGUCUGAGUGGCCACAAACCAAAAAACAAACGUCAAACAAAAACUUCAAAUUCAGUUCUUUAGCAGAAGCAAGCCGAAGGACACACAUGGCAGCACGACCCCCACGAACCACAGAAGGUUUUGAUACAAAGCCAACAGGCACUGAUAUCCUCUCCACCAUCUGUGUUAAGACUUUGUCCUGUUUAGAAGAAAAAAAAAAAAGAAAAUCCUCAAAUCUACUAGGUAGCAGUAGAUUGUACCGGUGUCCAUUUUCAAAGCAGCACUGCACGGUUAAUUUAAUAGUAAAUGUAGUUGUUGUGUCGGUUGUACAUUUAUAUAAUGAAUUUGUGUAAAUAAACUGUGUAAACUGUG